UCCGGACGGCGACCAGAACGCCAACAGGUGCGGACGCGCGCGCACACAUGAAAUCUGUACCUACGUAAUAACAAUAUUAAUAUCGCGCGCGUAUUUGUCAUCAGACCGCCGCCGCGGUCGUCCGCAUGCACGCGCGCAACGCGACCAUCUCGCAUAAUAUUAUUAUCAUCUCGUCCGUCGCGUAUUCCUGCACGUGUGGACCGCGGUGCCCACCACCGCCGCUGCCGCCGUCGUCGGAACGUACAUUAUAAUAAGUGCAUAAGUGUACAAGUGCAUAAGUGUGUGUGUGUGUGUGUGUGCGUGCGUGCGUGCGCGCGUGAGUUUCGAAUCUUCUUCGUGCGGUAUCCCCCACCCGCCGCAUUACUGUUCGCCGCUGCAGACGUAAACGCCGGGUCACGCACGCGCUCGCGGUUUUCGUUCGCAACGUCGUUAGGUAUUGGUUUUUUUCGAAUUUUCGUCGGGUCGGUCGACGAGGUGCGUUCUCGUACGGUCGCGGUACACGAGAUAUCUCCCCGUACGGUUGUAUCGCUAUCGACCCGCGACAACAAUAUACAGGAGUCUUGUGGCGAACAUACGUUUCGUGCGGCUGCCGCUCGUUGGAACACUGCAGUACGCGCGGUCUAUCCGAUAUACGGGACGCGGGUACCCGAUGGUCGGCGGCGUCGCCGUGCGCAGCUGACGCUGGCCAUGGUGGUCACCGCGAGACGGCGAAGUUGCGCGGGCUAUGAAAAAGAAUGUUGGCGUCGACGGCGGAGGCGAACGCAAGUCGCUGCGGAACAGACGACGUCGGGGGUUGGACGGUGACGGGCAGCCGCCAUCUCCGUCGCCGGCGGUCCCGCCGCCGCCGACCGCGGCCACGGCCACGGUCACCAGCGGAGCGUUGCACAGACUUCAGACGGUUGCGGCGGCUGCGGCCGCGUCUUCUUCGUCGGUAGCGGCGGCGGCGGCGCCGGCGGUCGUGGUAGUCGACGGAAGGGAUCCGUCGACCACGACCGCAGUCACAGCAGACGAUUGGCUGUUCGCCGAUUGGUUGGACGGCGGUGGUGGCGGCGGUGGCGGUGGGAGCACAGCCGCAACAGGUGUCCCGGAGCAGCACCAGCACCAGCAGCACCAACAACAGCCCGAAGCCGAUAUGAUCAUGGAGUGCGGUGCCCUCGAGCCCGGCGUCGGGCCGCUCCAUCAUGCGCAUCAUCACCAUCACCAUCACCACCAUCACCACCCGUACUUGUUGGCCGAGUCCGCGGCCGCCGUCACCACGGCCACCACGGCCGCUGGACACUUUAACGUGCUCAGCUUCGAAACGUACAAAGGCGGCGUGACCACCGGCACCGGUGGACACGUGGGCAACGGCGGACACGGCACCGGCAACUCGGCGUGCCACAGUCCGGCACAGGGAAACGCCGGCACCGAUCUCAACACGCCCGUCACAACGAGCGCCGAAGUACCUUCGUUUUUCGGCCCGUCCACAGUCGUAGAACCGCCACUCAUAACAGGAUCAUUGCAAGACACUGAUGAAAACGGUAGCAAUAGAAGUGCUAUAGAACACAAGCUAGAGGUAUCGCUUCAAUUAAAAACAGAAGCCAUCGGAGGUGAACCGGAACAGGACGAUGCCGGUCAAGACGUCAUGUACACAACUAACUCUAGCAUACCAUCAGGGCAGUCCAGAAUUAGUUAUAGGUUCUCCACAAAUAGUCCUAUGCAAACAGCUCCGUGCUCAACUAGUUCCUCAAAUAACAAUAAUAACAACCACCUCAGCACAUCUUGGCUUUUGCCUAGCCCAGAUAAGAACAUAUUUCCACCUUUGUUCAACCUGCUCCAACCUCAACCGUCGAGCACGCCCACCUCAUACCACAGCUCCAGUCCUCACUACGAAGACAGAUCUCAACAAAGUCAAGUAGAAUUGCUUGGAAUGAGUAUCGACUGUGGUAAACAAGCACCACCCACAUACGCCGGUUGCGGAGUGACUGGAAACGAUCAAGAUCUCAUAUACCACAACCGUGGUCAAAUGAUGCAACAACAGUCAUCACCAGUGAACAAAUACCAUUGGUUGGACUCACCGGUCGAAUACGGUGGACAGCACCAACAACAACAGCAACAGCAGCAACAGCAACAGUUACAAUCUCAACAACAACAACAAAUGAUUCCCAAGCAAGAGUUCAACGUAGUAAACGUGGACGUCCAGUCACCGGGUUCGUCGAGCGUGUCGCAGGGUGGCUACAGCGUCCAGCUAGCCGAGUAUAACCCGUCGACAAGCAAAGGUCACGAAAUACUAUCGCAAGUGUACCAGCAGUCUUCGCUACCGCUGAAGCUAGUGCCAGUGAAACCCCGAAAAUACCCAAACAGACCUAGCAAGACGCCGGUGCACGAACGACCAUAUGCAUGUCCAGUGGAGCAUUGCGACCGUCGUUUUUCCAGAUCGGAUGAACUUACAAGGCACAUCCGUAUACACACGGGUCAAAAACCGUUCCAGUGCCGUAUAUGCAUGCGAUCGUUUUCCAGAUCUGACCAUCUUACGACGCACAUUCGAACACACACUGGCGAAAAACCGUUCACAUGUGACGUGUGUGGUCGCAAGUUCGCGAGGAGCGAUGAAAAAAAGAGACACGCAAAAGUUCAUCUGAAGCAACGGACGAAAAAAGAAACCAAAAUGGCAGCGUUGUUAGCACAACAACAACAACAACAACAACAACAGCAGCAGCAGCAACAGCAACAGCAACAACAACAGCAUCAGCAGCAACAAGGAUCGUCGCAACAACAUAUGCAUCAUAUGGGAUUCCAAACCGGCGACACUGGUCACAUGUAGACGCAAUCAUGCAAAUAUGUCUUUAUUUAUUCCCUUUUAUUUGUUUUUCAUGCGCUAGGGUGCUUAAAACCUAAAGGUAAGCACGGAAGAAACCACUGUUACCAUGUUUAGUUACACUACCAAUGUAUGAGUCGCUCCAUCUUACGAUGCCUAUCUUAUCAUUAUUAUUGGAUUACAGAGUAUUUAUACCGUCGGCAAUGAUGUCGCCAAAAUCAAAACAGGGACAUAACUAUAUUUGUAAUAAUUAUUGGUGCUACACGAUUUGUAUCUUUAAUGUGGGAUCAUCUUGAAUGUAGAGUAUGCCAUCGUAGAGUAAUUUAAAACUGUUCGUGUACUUUUCAAGUAGUAAGGACUUAUCACAUCUAACAACGCAACAGGUAUUUUACUUAUUCACUAAUGUGUGAAACUUAUAAAUCUGUCAAUCCAAAUAGGUGAAUUCGUAAUGUUUAUAGUAAUGUAUUCCGUAGUUAAGCCGCGUUUCUCAUGUUGUGUGAAAAAAUAUUUAAUAUUAAUUCGCUCCGGUUCCCAGAUUUAUAGCAAUUGUGUCGGUUUGAGGAAACAAAACUCAUCGAAGUACCUGAUUAAAUCACGAUUAAAAUGUAAUGCACGAAUACAUUCCUUGCUAAAAUACUCCGCUGGGCUAUAGAAUAUCCCGAGGUUUUUAUUUUUAGCAUAAUUAGUGUGUAUUGUUUUAUCUUUUGCAUUUAUUUUAUUUGCUUUUUAUCAAUAUAACUGUAAUUUUCAUUUUUAUUAUUAUUAUGGUAUGCCUGUUUUGCAUUCCAACAUAUAUUUUUACUGGUAAAUCUUUGAAAAUUUUAUUUUACGGAAAAAUUUAAAUUUGAAGGCUAAAACGGUACGAAUUCUUUUCUUAUAAAAUUAAUAAAAUUUAAAAGACAUAUUUUUGUACACACAAAAAAAAUGAAUUAAUACUUCGUUUUAUUUAUUUAUUUAUUUAUUUAUUUUCUCCUAUAUUUUUCUGUAAAUUACUCAAAAUUAGGUUUAGUACAUUUUUUUGUAAAUCUCUGUUUCUGUUAACACCCACUUGUUCUUCGGUAAAAGCAUUUUAUAUAAUUUCUAAAUUAAAAAAAAAAAAAACGCUGAAAACUAUUAACAAUUAUUUAACAACUUACUGUUAAGGUGUUUUACUGUAAGUAUAAAAUAAUUAAUGUUGUUUAUUUUUUUAUUCAUUCAUUGGUGUCUUACAUUUUGUCAUUUUGUAAGUUAAUCGUAUUUUUUGUAUUAUACAAUAAUAGCUUGUUUUUGUAUCUGUAUACGAACGUUUGUACAACAAAUGGUAAAUCGCUCAAUGGGUUUAUAUUAUAGUCAUUUCGUAUUUAUGUCUCUAUUUUCUACCAUUUUAAAUUUCAUAACUCAGUGUCUCCAAUUCAUGUUUUCUUUACUAAUUAAAAAUAAUUACAUCGUGUUAAGAAUAUUUUCAAUCGCGCACUCGUCUAUACAAUACGACCUAUACUGAUCUAAAUAAUUUUAUUAUUAUUUAUUCGUAUGAUAAAAGAGGUAGAGGUAGUACAAUAAUACCUACAUAAAAAUGUUUCAAAUAAUUAUUGUUACCAUAUUUUAUGACUUCUAUAAUAAUUCGAUUUUAGACCUAUAAAUUCUCCAUCGGAUGUGAGUUAUGCCUGCCUACUAAUAAUUAUCACAAAUAAGAUGAUAUACAACUGAUAAUAGCUAAUAUAGAUAAUAACUUUAUGGUGUAUCAGUCGAUUUGUCUGCGCUAUGAUAUAAUGCACACCGGUGUAGAAAAAUAUCCGAUAGAUUGGCAAAAGAGUAUUACGUAUUGAGGAGAAUCCUUAUUUUUCUUUUUUUAAGAACAGAAAAUAAACUUAGCUACGACGUUUUCCAUGCUCACUCAUAGGUACAUACUCCUAUAAAUAUUAUGUAUUUAUUACUUAAAAUUAUUUGACAAUCUAUAUAUUACAGUAAAUUUGUUUAAAAUUGACACGUUCAAAGCACAUGGCAGGCAAAAUUAUUCCAUUUUUGAGCUGCCAAACAUUUGUUAUAUACAUUAUACAUAUAUAUAAAUAUAUAUACUAAAAAAAACGUUACUACAUUAUAUCGUUGUUAUUAUAAAUUAAAAGAUUUUUCUAUCUAGUUUGUGAAGUUUGAUGUUUAUGUAUAAGUGUAUAUUAUUAUUUUACUUUUAUUACUUGUAUAAAAAAUUAAAAAUUAAAAAUAGACGUUAUAAUAUUUAUUAUAUUAUAUUUUAAGUGUCUAAUGUUUUGUCUUCUUUGACUGACAUGUAUUUUUCUUCUUUUUAUAUUUUAUGUGUACAAUAUUUAAAAAAAAUAAAUGUCUGUAAAAUUGUUAACUAAAAAAA